AUGGCCCAUUAAUUAGGUGUAAUCCAAGAAACAUAUUAAGAUGACUUGUAGGAAUUAAUCUCCAAAAUGGAAUGCUAAAAUUCGAUAAUAGAUAAGAGAGUACCAGUUUUAAAAAAGAGAAGAGAUCUUCUUUUAGGAGCUCUUAAAGAUUGUAGAGAAGGAGAAACCAAAUUAUAAGAUUCAAAAUUAUCAUGUAGCACUGCUUUGUUUUCAUCAAUCCAUGAUGAUACAGAUCAAAUUCAAAAGCUGUAGGAUGAGAUAGCUCUAAAGGAUUAAUCAAUUUAGGAAUUGAAAGAUUAAGUAGAGACACUUCAUUAAAAAUUAAACAGAAUAUAAAUAUGCAAUGAAGAAAUGCAAUUUGAAUUGCAAAAACAGUAAUAGUAACAACAAGCGUUUUAAAGAGGAAACAAAUUAAGUUAAUCUAUGAUUGUGCCUAACUUAACCACUUCUACAGAAAAAGCAUAAGCCACACUCAAUAAAUUCGUAUCACCUAUAACAUCAAACUCAUUUAAAUCAAUUGAUAACAAGGAACCUGUCUCAAAAGAAGAUAUGAGAAAAAUGAUGAGAAGGAUUUCAUAAUAAGCAUCUGCUUCAGCAUAUAUCUUGGCUGCUAAAGGAGACUAUACUACUUUGGCUGCUGCUUAGGAAGAAUUGCAAAGUUAGAAAAGCAUAGGAUCCCAAAAAUCUUUGUCAAAUAAAUGA